AUGAAGAGCCGAAGCCAGGAGCCUACACGCGGCGUCUCAGCUCUCAACACUGGACUGCAGCGUGGGAAAAGUUGCCACGACGUAUUUGCGGGGGCUCAGGCACCCCGCGCUCACACGCUGGCGGAAAACCUCGCGAGACGGCGCGGGAGCCCGUUCAAGACUGAGUCCUGCCCCCGGGGCCGGAAACGCUCCGGUCUUCCCGGAAGUAGUGCUUACUUGGUGCACGUGGGCUGCAGAAUGGCGGGUCACCGCUCCGGCCCGCUGAAGCCGCACAAUAAAGCUCAUAAAGGCGGACGGCACCACGGUGGUGGGUCCGCACAACAGGGCAGCAAAGGCCGUGUAGGACCGAAAAUCCUGUGCAAGAAGCUGAAGAAGCAGCUCAGCCGAGUAGACCAGAGGCAUCGCGCCAGUCAGCUCCGAAAGCAGAAAAGGGAGGCGGUUCUGGCAGAGAAGAGGCAACUGGGCAGCAAGGAUGGGCCUCCUCAUCAGGUGCUAGUGGUGCCUCUGCACAACAGAAUUUCCCUCCCAGAGGCAUUUAAACUGCUUCAGAAUGAAGACUUGGGAACAGUGUACUUGAAUGAAUGGGGGCGCACCCAAAGCUUUAUGCUUCUAUGCCCUGGUUUGAAACAUAGGUGGUUCUUCACAUAUGCAAGACCAGGGGAUCUGCAUACUGUAUUAGACAUGGCUAAAGUUGCUGAUACCAUCCUUUUCCUCUUGGAUCCACUAGAAGGCUGGGACAGCACUGGGGAUUACUGUCUAUCUUGCCUCUUUGCUCAGGGUCUUCCCACCUAUACACUAGCUGUCCAGGGGCUUUCUGGCCUCCCACCAAAGAAACAAAUAGAUGCCAGGAAGAAGCUAAGUAAAACAGUGGAGAAACGCUUUCCUGAUGACAAACUUCUGUUGCUAGACACUCAACAGGAGGCAGGAAUGCUGCUUAGACAGCUGGCUAACCAGAAGCAACGGCAUCUUGCUUUUCGAGAUCGGAGAGCUUACUUGUUUGCCCAUGUCGCUGACUUCGUGCCUAGUGAAGAGAGUAACUUAGUGGGCACCUUGAAAAUCUCAGGCUAUGUUCGUGGGAAGACUCUGAAUGUAAAUAGUUUGCUGCAUAUUGUUGGACAUGGUGAUUUCCAAAUGAAUCAGAUAGAUGCACCUGUGGACCCUUUCCCUUUAAAUCCUAGAGUCAUUAAAUCCCAGAAAAAACAAAGCAUGGCAAUGGAGAUUUGUGCAGCAGAUGCUGCAGCUGACAUGGAAGAAGACCUUAGGGUUCUGAUGAAGGCAGACCCUGACCAACAGGAGACUUUACAAACAGAGGUUGUUCCAGAUCCAAUGGAAGGGGAGCAAACCUGGCCCACUGAAGAGGAACUGGAUGAGGCAAAUGACUUACUGAAGCAACGUUCUAGGGUGGUAAAGAAGGUCCCUAAAGGUACAUCCAAUUACCAAGCUGAAUGGAUUUUGGAUGAAGGUGUUGAAAGUGGUGAGGAAGGCGAUGAAUAUGAUGAUAUACAAGAGGAAGGUUUUAUGGAAGAGGACUCUCAGGAUGAGAGAGGAGAGGAGGAGGAGGAAGAGGAAUGUGAAACUAUGACGCUAGGGGAGUCUGUGCAUGAUGACCUCUUUGAUGAGAAAGUAGAUGAAGAGGCUGAGGAGAGAAUGCUGGAGAAAUACAAACAAGAAAGAUUAGAAGAGAUGUUUCCAGAUGAAGUGGAUACCCCCCGUGAUGUGGCUGCUAGAAUUCGAUUUCAGAAAUAUAGAGGCCUCAAGAGCUUCAGAACAUCUCCUUGGGACCCUAAGGAAAACCUUCCUCAAGAUUAUGCUCGUAUAUUCCAGUUUCAGAAUUUUAUUAAUACUAGAAAAAGAAUCUUUAAAGAGAUUGAGGAAAAAGAAGCUGAAGGAGCCGAGGUUGGCUGGUAUGUCACACUUCAUGUCUCUGAUGUCCCUGUCUCGGUGGUUGAAUAUUUUAGGCAAGGAGCACCCUUGAUUGCAUUUUCUUUACUGCCUUAUGAACAGAAGAUGUCAGUAUUAAACAUGGUGGUGAGUCGGAACCCUGGCAAUUCAGAACCUGUGAAGGCCAAAGAAGAACUGGUUUUCCACUGUGGAUUCAGGCGCUUCCGAGCCUCACCCUUAUUCUCUCAGCACACAGCAGCUGAUAAACAUAAGUUUCAGAGAUUCCUGACUCCUGAUGCAGCUUUAGUGGUGACAGUGUUUGCGCCAAUCACUUUUCCUCCUGCAUCUGUGCUACUUUUCAAGCAGAGAAGCAAUGGAAUGCACAGCCUCAUUGCUACAGGCCAUCUGUUGUCAGUGGAUCCAGACAGGAUGGUCAUCAAGAGGGUUGUGCUGAGUGGUCAUCCAUUCAAAAUUUUUACUAAAAUGGCAGUAGUGCGUUACAUGUUUUUCAACAGAGAGGAUGUGAUGUGGUUUAAGCCUGUGGAACUGAGAACCAAGUGGGGCCGCAGGGGACACAUCAAGGAGCCUGUAGGUACUCAUGGCCAUAUGAAGUGCAGUUUUGAUGGGAAGCUAAAAUCUCAGGAUACGGUAUUAAUGAAUCUCUAUAAGCGAGUUUUCCCCAAAUGGACUUAUGAUCCAUAUGUACCAGAACCAGCACCCUGGGUGAAAAGCGAGAUCUCCUCAACAGUGUCUGAAGUGGACAUGGAAUAAUGGAUUCAAUGGGGUUCUGUCUCCACUGCAGCCAGGACUCCAGUGGGUGGGAGUCUGGUUGUGACUAGGCAUGUUUGUGCUUUAUUUCAGCUGUCCAUGUCUCCACGGAGUAUGGGGUAACUUAACUGAAAUACUCUUCUUCAUUAGGAUUUUGAAAACAAUUUUCAUCUAGAGUCAGUCUUCUCAUGAAUUUAAACAGAAAUAGUCUGGUAAGGAGCUGGCCUUUCAGCCUGCUUCACCCAGUUUAAGGAGGUCAAGUCUACAUUCCCACCACUGAGUACAAUACAGAUAUUCUUUACUUCUGGA